CUGAUUUAAACUGAGAAGGCGCAUCACUAGCACUUACUCGAAUUUCCUUAGAUAGGAGUUUAGAAAUACUUGGUAAAAUCUUUGGGAACUUAUGGAAAUGGAUGAGCAGAUUUUCACCUGUGGCUUCGAAGUGUUCGGUGAGGUGCAGGGCGUCAAGUUGAGGCGGGCAACGCGAUCGUUGGCACUAUCGAAUGGAGUGCGUGGCUGGGUGAUGAACACGGAUCGUGGCACUGUCCAGGGGGAGCUGGAGGGUACGCUGCCAAAGGUCAAUGAGCUCAAGUUCUGGCUGCUCUGCUUUGGCAGCGAGCGUGCGAUCAUCGAGAGAGCCGAGUUUACGCCCACCAAGGAGAUACCUGUGCAUAAUUUCGAUGACUUCACCAUUCGCAGCCAUUCAUAUCAGCUGGAAGAUCACUAGACAAGAGAGCUCAGAGAGAGGAAGAGAUUAGUUGUUAUUGUUUUGGCGUGGACAAAAUUGAUUGAUUGAUGACUGACUGAUGACUGAUAUUGAUAUCGUUAUGUUAUGUUAUGCUCAGCUUAAAACUGGAAUAAACGCAGUGCAGAUCUUAA